UUUUGGCCAAAAAAAAAAUAAAAAAUAAAAAUCAAUAAAAAUAAACUAAUAAAAAAAAGGAGUUAAAUUUCUUUUUACUUUCCCUCGCUUAUCCAAACGCAUCGUUAACCGGUCCCCACCACCUCUUUCACAAACCCGCAAACCUUUCUGUUUCCUCUCGCCGGUCUCGCUGGACAGAAGCGUGUCUUUCGUCUAACGUCGUAACAGAGAACAGAUUUAUACACAUACCUAUACAUAUAUAUAUAUAUCUCUCUUCUUUGGCGUGCGCAUGCGGCUUUCAGCGUUCUCAUCUUAGAUCUCUUUCCUCUUUUCUUUCUCUCUCUACAUUUGUGUUUGAUUCGAAUGAGAGGUUGCGGGGGUUUGGUUUGCAGACGAAGAAGAAGACCAUCAUCGGUGCCGAUGGCCAUUUCUUCCUCUUUCAAUCUGUUCUCAAUCAUCACCGCAUUAGGCAUUUUUAUCAUCUUCUGCAGUAGUUUAUCAAUUGUCGCAGCCGAUUAUAUUUCGCACGAAAACCCUCCUGCCCCAAAAUCUUCUCCAUCUUGCAAGCACGAGUCUCGAUUGGUAAAGGUUGUGCAAUGGGUUAAUGGCGUUAAAGAUGAAACAUUAAGUGGGCUAAGUGCAAGUUUUGGUGCUGAAAUGCCCACAAGUACUAAAGAAGCCCAGAGAUUGCCUGCCGUUUUCCCAAAUCCGUUAACUUGCUGUUCCAGUUCUUCCUCAAAGUUGUCCAGCUCUGUUGUUUUGUCCCCGCGUGGUGAUUGUGACUUCACAACUAAGGCUGAAGUUGCACAAUCAGGAGGUGCAGCUGGCCUGUUGGUGAUAAAUGACGAAGAAGAUCUUUUUGAGAUGGGUUGUUCUAACAAUGAUACCACCAUAAACAUUACAAUUCCUGUUGUGAUGAUCUCAAAAUCGGAAGGAGAGGCUAUAAACAGAUCUAUGGCAGGUGGAGGAAGAGUGGAACUUCUGAUAUAUUCGCCAAAUCGUCCAAUUGUGGACUUCUCAGUGUUAUUCUUAUGGCUGAUGGCCGUUGGAACAAUAGUAUGUGCUUCACUUUGGGCGGGGUUUUCUGUAUGUGAGGAGAAGGAUGAGCGAUAUAAUGAACUAUCACCAAAGGGAUCUUCCAAUGCUGGACCAGGCAAAGAUGAUGCUGAGAAGGAAGUCCUCGAUAUCAAUGCAAAGAGUGCUAUAAUUUUUGUCCUAAUGGCAUCCACAUUUCUGGUGCUACUUUAUCUAUUUAUGUCAUCUUGGUUUGUCUGGGUGCUGAUUGUACUUUUCUGCAUUGGUGGAAUUGAGGGAAUGCAUGCUUGCAUACUGUCUCUUAUGUUAAGAAAAUGCAAAAGCUGUGGGCAAAAGACAGUGAGUAUGCCUCUUCUGGGGGAGGUUUCCAUUCUCUCCCUUGCGGUUUUUUUAUUUUGCUUGGGAUUUGCCAUUUUCUGGGCUGUUAAUCGAAAGGCAUCAUAUUCAUGGAUUGGUCAAGAUAUUCUUGGCAUCUGUUUGAUGGUUACAGUCAUGCAGGUGGCUCGAUUACCUAAUAUAAAGGUUGCUACGAUACUUCUUUGUUGUGCUUUUCUUUACGACAUCUUCUGGGUCUUCCUUUCACCAUUGAUAUUCAAGGACAGUGUAAUGAUUGCGGUGGCUCGAGGGGACAAUAGUGGCGGAGAAUCCAUUCCAAUGCUUUUGAGAAUUCCUCGAUUUUUUGAUCCUUGGGGUGGUGAUAAUAUGAUUGGCUUUGGAGACAUUCUCUUUCCUGGUUUACUUAUUGCAUUCACUUUAAGAUACGACAAAGCUAAUAAGAAGGGUGUACUAAAUGGAUACUUUCUUUGGUUGAUAAUUGGCUAUGGAUUAGGCCUCUUCUGUACUUAUCUAGGCUUGUAUCUAAUGAAUGGACAUGGUCAACCUGCUCUCCUCUAUCUCGUUCCAUGUACAUUAGGGGUCACCAUCGUAUUGGGUCUGGUUAGGGGUGAGCUGAAACACCUCUGGAGCUAUAGCGCAGAAUCACCCACAUUUGGAGAACCUUGAUAUGAUUGAAUGCCCCAAAUUUGGAUAGAAAAUAAUGCUGAUCUAAAAAUGCCAUCAGUGGGAAAAGGCUGGCGUCAUAUUAUUCUUUUUAAGGGCCUCAGUUCAAUACAGUUGAAGGGGUGGAAAAAGUGCAGAGGAAUGGGCAGUUUCACCCUGGUGAUCACAUCUCAUGUAUUUUCUUGAUAUUUAGUUACGCUUCGUUCUUGCUGCUGAAUUAGUUUAAUGUUGUAAAUAUGGACUUAGUUGUAUUACGCGUGUUAAUGUUGUAAAUAUCGAAUUAUUUGUAUCACGUGAAAUUUUGUUUAUUGAAUGAUCUGUUUUUCAAGAUAAUAAUGAGAAAGAAAUUUCCAUUAUGUUUCAAUCCUUUUUUUUUUCUUUUUUUUUUUUACUGUUUCCUUGUUCCCCCUUUUCUUGUGGGGAGGGUGGGGGUUGGAGGAGGGGUCGAUUUAGAGUGAAAUAUUAAUAAGAUGACUUGGGUGUUUGUGGUAACUUGAGGGUCACUAAUCACCAUGCAGUAUUUACAAGAUGACUCCGGAGUGUGUGGUAACU